AUGGCGAAGCUUUAUGCCAUCUCCGAUUUGCAUCUUGCGUAUCCCCUGAAUGCCUCAACAUGGAAUCUUCUGCAGCCAAAACCACUCGGUAGUGGUCUUAUUCUUGCAGGUGACAUUGGCGAAUCAGCUACGCACCUUACGGCUGCCUUUGAGCGCGCCAAAGCCUGCUUCACGCACGUAUUCUGGGUCCCAGGAAACCAUGAGCUCUACAGUAUCUCGUCUUCCGUGGCCAAGCACCCUGCCGAUCAACUGAAAGGUGAAGCAAAAUACAAUGCCUUGGUGGAGCUGGCGCGGCAGCACGGUGUUCUCACACCAGAGGAUGAUUGGAUGCUCUGGCCAGGGCCGGAUGGCGUUGAUGUGGUGAUUGCGCUAGUAUUCACGUUAUACGACUAUUCGUUUCGCCCGGCGGAGGUCUCCAGAGAGAAAGCGUUGGACUGGGCGAUGGAAGAGAACAUUUGGGCAACAGACGAGGCCGUGCUGCAUCCAGAUCCAUAUGGCUCGCGGGACGAAUGGUGUAUGAAACUGUGCGACAAAUGGGAGCUCAAAUUUUCCGACUACGCCUCCAGGUAUCCGAAUUCGAAAUUUGUGAUUGUCAACCACUGGCCUCUACGAGAAGAUUUAGUCUUCAUUCCAAAAGUCCCUCGGUUUUCUCUAUGGUGUGGAACUAAAAGAACUCAGGAUUGGACAGAGGUCGGGCGUUUUGGAGCACACUAUGGAGGGGCAUUGGUGGUAGUCUCGGGGCAUUUGCAUGUUCGACGGACAGAUGUCAAAGAAGGGGUAAGGUAUGAAGAGGUCAGCUUGGGAUAUCCCCGGCAUUGGGAAAAGGCACGGGAUGCAAGUAAAGGGGCCAACGAAAUGUUGAGAGAAAUUCUUCCAGGGGCAGGAAUAGUCGUGGAAGAAGGUCAGCGGAUAUGGAGGCCACAAGGGUAG